AUGAAUAAUAAACAAGAAGAGACUGAUCAUUUGCCAGUAUCAACUUCACCAAAAAAUGACCCAAAUUCAUUAAAAUCGAUGAUAAAUGAAAUUGAAAAUAUUGGUAAUUCAAUAACAAAAGAAAUGAAUGGUAAGGGUAAUGGUAUUACAUCACCCAACACAAGUACAACAAAUGGUCAUCAUAAUAAUAGUAAUGGGAAUAUAGUCAACAAUAAUAAUAGUUCCAGUCGUACAAAUGGUGGAAGCACUGGAGAGAAAUCUAUAAAUCAACCAUCACCAUCAACUCAUAAGGUUUCAGAAGGUGAGGAGUACAGUCCAUCCAAGGUUAGAAUUUUGGUUGUAGAUGAUGAUGAUGUACAAAGAAAAGUUUUAGAAAAUUUAUUAAAAAAGUUUCAUUAUAAUGUUACAUUGGUUUCAAAUGGUGAAAUAGCAUGGGAUAAUAUUAGCAGUGGCCAACAAAAGUAUGAUUUAGUUUUAACUGAUGUUAUGAUGCCACAUAUUACAGGUUUUGAUUUACUCCAAAGAAUCAAUGACCAUCCAAUUUAUAAAAAUAUUCCAGUAAUUUUAAUGUCAGGAACAGCAGUGGAUUAUAAAUAUGCCAAUGAUACAAUUAAAAUUGGUGGCCAAGAUUUUUUAACUAAACCAAUUGCAAAAGAAUUAUUAAAAAAGAAAAUUGAUACAGUAUUGCAAAGUAUUUGGCAAAGAAAGAAGGAGGAAGAAUAUAAGGCAUCUUUGGCGCAAGAAAGAGAAAAGGGAACAAGAUUGGCAAAGGAAAUGGAGUUAAAAGAACACGAAAUCGAAGAGUUAACUAAAAAAGUUUCAAAAAUGUCAACAAUUUCAAAAGAGGCCAUGGAGUCACCAUUGGUAUCAGUUACAAGAAAUAUCGAAGGACUUUUGAAACAAAGUACAUGGUCAUCCCAUGAAUCAGAAAUAAAAGAAAAGUUAACAUCCAUUUUAAAAGAACUUUCAUCAUCCAAUAUUUAUAGACCAUCCUUUGAAAAAUUAAUUAAGAAUGACUCUGUCGACCCAGUUACCAAGUCGUUUUUGGUUUCAGAGUUCUCUUCCACCACAAGCCGUAGAAAUUCAAUACCAACAUUCCCACAAACAAACUAUACCAAGGACACCAAAGAGGGUAUCAAGGGUUGGGACUUUGAUGUCUUUAAAUAUUCAGAAGAUGAUUUGAUGCCAUUUUUAGUAGAUAUGUUUGAAAAUUUCCAAUUAUUAGAGAUCUUUAAAAUCCCAAUCGAAAAGUUACAACGAUUCAUCAUGACAGUUAAUGCACUCUACAGAAAAAAUAAUAGAUAUCACAAUUUUAUGCAUGCAUUCGACGUAACCCAAAUCGUUUAUACAUUUUUAACUUCUUUCAAUGCAGUUCAAUAUUUAACCCAUUUGGACGUUCUUGCUUUAUUAAUCUCCUGUAUGUGCCAUGAUUUAAAUCAUCCAGGUUUUAACAACACAUUCCAAGUAAAUGCUCAAACAGAAUUGUCUUUAGAAUAUAAUGAUAUCUCAGUAUUAGAGAACCAUCAUGCAAUGUUAACUUUUAAAAUUUUAAGAAAUAGCGAAUGUAAUAUAUUAGAAGGUCUUAAUGAGGAUCAAUAUAAAGAGUUAAGAAGGUCAGUAGUUCAAUUAAUUUUAGCAACUGAUAUGCAAAGUCAUUUUGAAUAUAUAAAUAAAUUUCAACAUCAUUUAAAUAAUUUGCCAUUUGAUAGAAAUAAAAAAGAAGAUAGACAAAUGAUUCUAAAUUUUUUAAUAAAGUGUGGUGAUAUUUCAAAUAUUGCAAGACCAUGGCAUUUAAAUUUUGAAUGGUCCCUAAGAGUAUCUGAUGAGUUUUUUCAACAAUCUCAUUACGAAACUAUUUGUGGUUACCCAGUUACACCAUUUAUGGAUAAAACCAAAACCACAAGAGCUAGGAUUGCCGCAGACUUUAUCGAUUUUGUUGCCUCACCGUUAUUCCAGUGUAUGGCUAAAUUUUUAGGUGAAAGUAAAUUCUUGCUCAAAGUAAUUAGCCAAAAUCGUGAAAAUUGGCAAGCUUAUAUGGAGUUACAAAAGGAAGGUAAGUUAAAUGAUGAUGAACUUCAGUAUUAUGAAAAUCCAGCCCUUUUAGUUAAUUCAAAGCUCCCAAAAAUCGAUGAAGAGGCCAGCAAAAAUUCAAAUUCAUCAACUACCACAACAUCAUCAUCUUCAUCAUAACAAAAAAAAUUAUUUAAUAAAAUAAUAAAUUAUAUCAAU